UGAGUCUUCGCUGCUCGUAUUUCUACUCAUUGAAUCAAGAUGUCUGGUCGUGGAAAAGGUGGCAAAGUUAAGGGAAAGUCUAAGACUCGCUCCAACAGAGCCGGACUUCAGUUCCCCGUGGGAAGAAUUCAUCGUCUUCUCCGCAAAGGAAACUAUGCAGAGCGAGUUGGUGGAGGUGCGCCAGUCUACCUUGCAGCAGUAAUGGAAUACUUGGCUGCUGAAGUACUCGAGUUGGCCGGAAAUGCUGCUCGUGAUAAUAAGAAGACCAGGAUUAUCCCUCGUCAUCUUCAAUUGGCCAUCCGUAACGAUGAGGAACUGAACAAACUUCUUUCUGGAGUUACUAUCGCUCAAGGAGGUGUUUUGCCGAACAUUCAGGCAGUACUUCUGCCCAAGAAAACUGAGAAAAAGGCAUAAACUUUUUACUCUA